AUGGGACCAGUCGCUGGUGCCUCCUGGGAAGUCACUGGAGCCUCCUGGAAAGUCGCUGGUGCCUGCUGGAAAGUCGCUGGUGCCUCCUGGGAAGUCACUGGUGCCUGGAAAGUCACUGAUUCCUUCUGGAAAGUCACUGGUUCCUCCUGGGAAGUCGCUGGUGCCUUCUGGGAAGUCGCUGGUUCCUCCUGGAAAGUCACUGGUUCCUCCUGGGAAGUCGCUAGUGCCUCUGGGAAGUCACUGGUGCCGCCUGGGAAGUCACUGGUUCCUCCUGGGAAGACGCUGGUUCCUCCUGGAAAGUCACUGGUUCCUCCUGGGAAGUCGCUGGUGCCUUCUGAGAAGUCGCUGGUUCCUCCUGGGAAGACGCUGGUUCCUCCUGGAAAUUCACUGGUUCCUCCUGCGAAGUCGCUGGUGCCUUCUGGGAAGACGCUGGUUCCUCCUGGAAAGUCACUGGUUCCUCCUGGGAAGUCGCUGGUGCCUUCUGAGAAGUCGCUGGUUCCUCCUGGGAAGACGCUGGUUCCUCCUGGAAAUUCACUGGUUCCUCCUGCAAAGUCGCUGGUGCCUUCUGGGAAGACGCUGGUUCCUCCUGGAAAGUCACUGGUUCCUCCUGGGAAGUCGCUGGUGCCUUCUGAGAAGUCGCUGGUUCCUCCUGGGAAGAAGCUGGUUCCUCCUGGAAAUUCACUGGUUCCUCCUGCGAAGUCGCUGGUGCCUUCUGGGAAGACGCUGGUUCCUCCUGGAAAGUCACUGGUUCCUCCUGGGAAGUCGCUGGUUCCUCCUGGAAAGUCGCUGGUUCCUCUUGGGAAGUCACUGGUUCCUCCUGGAAAGUCGCUGGUUCCUCCUGGGAAGACGCUGGUUCCUCCUGGAAAGUCACUGGUUCCUCCUGGGAAGUCGCUGGUGCCUUCUGGGAAGUCGCUGGUUCCUCCUGGAAAGUCACUGGUUCCUCCUGGGAAGUCGCUGGUGUCUUCUGGGAAGUCGCUGGUGCCUCCUGGGAAGUCGCUGGUUCCUCCUGGGAAGUCACUGGUUCCACCUUGGAAGACGCUGGUUCCUCCUGGAAAGUCACUGGUGCCUUCUGGGAAGUCGCUGGUUCCUCCUGUAAAGUCACUGGUUCCUCCUGGAAAGUCACUGGUUCCUCCUGGGAAGACGCUGGUUCCUCCUGUAUAUUUAAUCUAUAUCAAUCUAUUCAUAUCUAUCUAUCUAUCUAUCUAUCUAUCUAUCUGUCUGGCCCAUCGACGUGAAAACCCAUCUAUCUAUCUAUCUAUCUAUUCAUAUUUAUCUCAGUUUAUUCUAUCUAUCACAGUAUAUUCACCAGUUUUGUCUGUUUACCUGUCUAUAUCAGUUUAUUCCUUAUCUAUCUAUCUAUCUAUCUAUCUAUCAAUCCAUAUCUAUCUAUCUAUCUUAAUCAGCUCAGAUCUAUCUAUCUAUCUAUCUAUCUAUUAUAAUCAUCUAAAAUCUAUCUAUCUAUCUAUCUAUCUAUCUAUCUAUCUAUCAUAA